AUGACCAAGUGCCAAAGAGAGGGCUCUGCCAUUCUCUUCCACAACCCAGAAAACACAAUCUUUCUGAUCGACACGCCACAUUCAAUAGCCCUUGCGCAGAAACUAAGCUGUCCUGCAUCAACGCCAGAACGAGACCAAAAUCGUUCUCAAUCACGGGUUUCUGCCCCAGGUGCCAGAGACCCACAUAGCAGCAAAAGAAGAUGUCUUCUGUCUGCCCUGCCGCGGGAAUCUCCGUUCCCAUCCACGGAGCCAAAGACGCAGGUUGCGCGUGCUAAAGUGCUUGAGAGAAUUCCACUGAGUGAACAGCGCUUCCAUGGGGAAUUCGUACGGCCGCUUACGGAAACAGCUUUGCAAGCUAUUCGGUCCGCAUAUGAGCCACGGGGAGCUCGGUGGUGUCUUCCCCGUCAUGUGCGCGACGAUGAAACCGAGCACAAAUUGAAGUCAACACGAAUCAGCGCUAGUCACCCUACGUUGAGGAAGCGACGAGCUGAGAACCUCGUCGGGGAUGAAAAUCUCGCACGGGAGUCCAAUAGCAAUGCGUCUUCUUCUUUUCCGGAACCAGAACCGCCGGUGAUACUAUCGUCUACGUCUGCCAAUGCAUUCGAAUCGAUGUCAGACCUGAAGGGAAUCGUGAAGAACAGCAGUUCAGGGACUGCGACUCUCACUAUCCGUUCGUCUCAUGAUACUGAGAUAACUGCCGAGUAUACUGUCCCUCCACAAGCGAACUUCAUACUCUGCACACUGCCCCUGUCGCAAUCAGGGACCAGGCCUUCGUCUGGGAUCCAUGCGGUUGACCAUCCCAUCCCGGGCAUGCUUCCGAACCAAAAGUUUGAUCUAAUUGUGUUUGACCCUCCCUGGCCAAACCGGUCUGUCCGGCGGAGCGGUCAUUAUCAAAUCCAUCCCUACUUCGAAAUGGACACCCUGACCCAGCGGCUACGAGAUAUCCUUCGAGUGCAUACGUCCCAUGCCGGGCCUUCGCUUGCAAUGAACCCAGCUACGGCCCCAGAUCAAUAUGGUAUCCAGACUCAAUGCUGCGAGUCGUUGGCUGCUAUCUGGAUAACCAACUCCGAGAAGGCACGCCGUGCCGCCUACGAAGCUCUCAGCAGUACCGGCUUCCGCAUUGCUGAGGAAUGGAUUUGGGUUAAGAUCACUGCUGACGGACGUCCGCUCUGCCCUCUAGAUGGGCUCUGGCGGAAACCGUACGAGAUUCUGGUCAUCGGACGCAGAGCUCAGUCCGCCGAGGACUCAGGGGCAAGGGCCGCGGUUGAUGGCAAUGGCACCAAUUCGCAGGAGACUGAUCUGCUGGAUAUCAGCCCGGCUAGUAUCCAAAGACGAGUUAUCGCUGCGGUGCCGGAUCUUCAUUCGCGCAAGCCUAGUCUAAAGGAGCUCUUUGAGCGAGUGUUUUUCACGGGAGGCGAGUACUCGGCGCUGGAGGUGUUUGCGCGAAACUUGACUGCUGGCUGGUGGGCGUGCGGCAAUGAAGCUCUCAAGUUCAACGAGCGCGAGUGCUGGGUCGACGACUCCACUAGCUAG